UACUAGUGAAGCAUUUAGACAAUUGGAAAAAAUGGAAGAAUGUCAGUCUAAGCUUGAAAACAUUGCAAUGGUUGAUAUAUCAAAAGAAGCAUCAAAAGAAAAAGAAUUAACUACGAAAGUUAAAUCUCCUGGAAGAUUGAAAUUGGAAUCAUGGCUGAACGCCUGUAUGAAAAUAGAAAUUGAAGAUGGUCGCACCUUGGUUGGCCAGUUUCUAUGUACAGACAGAGACUGCAAUAUAAUUCUGGGUUCCUGUUAUGAAUAUCCUCCUCCAGAUGAUAAUGUUGCCGAAGAACCACGUGUAUUGGGGUUGGCAAUGGUACCAGGGAAAUACAUUGUUUCAAUCUCAAUUGAUGACCUGAUGGUACACAACUCUCCAUAUAUUACAUGACAUAAGCCAGGUUGUGUAUUGGCUUAAUGUAUUAUACACACUUAACACUAAUCAGAGGAAUACAAAGUUGAUUUGUUUGUU